AUGCCAAGAGAGAACAGGAAAAGGGGAAAGAAGCACAAGAAAUCCAAAGAGGAGGCAGAGCCCCAGCAAGAUUCAUACGUACCAGACUUCGAGGAGCAGGAGGAUGCUGCCGGCCCGUCCUGGAUAGUGCCUGCGCGGGACGCCCCUGCUGCUGACCUCAAUGCGCCGUUUGGCUAUGUGGAUGCGGAGGUCAAGGCUUACUUCCGUACCGUGGACGUGCAGAUCCGCGAAUGGCAGGAAACCAAGCCGGAGGUGGAGGCGGACGAGGACGUCGAUCCAAAUGAGGAUCGUCGUCUAUUCUUUGUUGCGGCUCUGACGGAAAUGUCUGGAAAGGAGAAGCAGCUCGCAACCGACCCCGACUGCUCGACCAUCCUCGAGCGGAUGGUAUACUCCAUGGAUGACUUCGUUCGCCGUGUGUUCAUGGAUAGGCUAAGUGGCUCGUUUGAGCAGUUGAGCAAGCACCGGUUUGCUUCGCAUGUCUGCCAAACCUUGCUCACGGUCGCCUCUGAGACUGUGGCCCGCGAAUCCAAAGGAAUCCUCCCUCCAACGCCCGAAGAACAAGAAGACGAGGGGGAGCUCCGUACCCUUACCCAACUAGUGCUAGAUGCAUGCGAGGAGUUAUUACCCUCUCUGUCCUCGCUCAUCAUGGAUCCAUUUGCAUCCCACGUAAUCCGCGCCCUCCUGCUUCUGCUCGCAUCCGACGUGCUCUCGAUCGAAGACACAGCAAACGGCAGCCCUGGGAAGUCCGCGUUCGCUCUACGUUCGAAGAAGAGUGCUGCGUACAAGGCACGGCAGGGCUCCAUGAAGUCCGUCUUCGAGAAUGGCGAGCAGGGCCAGGAAAAAGCGGGAAAGCGUACGCUAAAGGAGUUCCGGAAAGCGGCGUUCAGCAUCGUGUCAACCCUGCGAGAACAGCUCGGCGGAAACGAGGUUCGAGUGCUGGCGGCAAACCAGGUGGCCAGUCCGGUCUUACAGAUGUUGCUCGAGCUUGAGGCAGCCUACGAGAUAGCUGACACGCCAGGUUCUCUCAUGGAUCACGCUCUCGUCGGCAUGGUUACCGCCAUUCAUGAGAACCCCGAUACCGGGGUGCCCGAGUCCGAUUACCUCAUGACCCUCUUACGGGACCCUACGGCCUCGCACUUGCUCGAGACGCUUGUGCGGCGAUCGCCCGACCGGGUGUUUGACAUCAUGUGGCGGACGUACUUCGCGGGAAAGCUGGCUAAGCUUGCCGUGCACCCCGUCGCGAACUUCGUGGUGGCGAAGGCGUUCGAGCGGUUGAGUCCUGAGCAACUAGACGCUGCGGUGGAGGAGGUGAAGGGCGUUGCAGGGAAGAUAGUCAAGAACUCCCGGACUGGUGUGUUGCGGGCACUUGUGGACCGCGCGGGUGCUAUUCAAUCUGGUAUCCAGGAUGUUGUUGAGCUUGUUGUCGCCGCGUUUGAACUGGAAUCAGAAGAUGCUAAGGCGCUCCUCGUUCCGUGCAUUCUGAGGUUGAAGCCCUUGCCGGUGAGUCCGAAUCAUGUAGUUGAGUUAGCGAGUCGAGAGGAGAAAGAACCAAGUGAGGAACCGCGCCAUAAACGACGGAAAAUCGAGGAUCCUCUAGAACCCAAGGUCCCCGGUGCUGUUUUACUGCAGUCCAUGCUACGGCUACCCUCUCCACAUAACGAUGUGGUCCUGCAUAGUCUACAAGCCAUGAGCUUGGACGACCUGAUCCAGAUGGCGCAUCACUCCAAAAGCUCACGCGUGUUUGACGUAGCCCUAGAGUCAGAGACCGUCCCCAAGACCGCCAAGCGCAAGUUCGUCAUGACUUUCAUCGGCCACUACCACGUCCUCGUGGACGAUCGGAUAGGCAGCAGAGUUGGCGACCGUUGCUGGGCGUCUGCAGAUCCCUACCUCAAGGAGAAAAUCGCACGGUCACUCAUCCCGCACGAGCAUGCCCUCGCGGGCUCGUUCUACGGCAAGUUCUUCGCGCGGAACCUGAACCUGCACGUGCUUCAGCGCGAUCCCGAGCGCUGGAAGAGCAUGCAGGCCACCGCCAAGCAGCCCGUCCCUGCCUCUGGAUCCGCAUCAAAUCCCACCGCUGCCUCGCGGCAGCCUCAACCGAAAUCCCUCGGCCAGAAGCCCGAACCUGGCAAGCGCAAGGCCAAGGGCUCGCGGCCGCAGAACGAGAUCGACGCACUGUUCGACGCGACGCUCGGGAAGAAGGUCAAGAAGGCCGAGCUAGCUAGCGUCGACAAGAUCAAGGGCAAGGAAGACGUCGAGUCCAAGUCCAAGUCGAAAACGAAGGAUGGCGAGAAGAAGAGCAAGAAGCGCAAGGAUGAAGAGGAGGGUGCAGCUGCGGAUAAGGACUUGAGCGACGUCUUGGGGGCGAUUCGCUCGGCGCCAAAGGAUGACAAGGGGCCAAAGAAGAGGAAGCGGGCACAUUAG